GGCCUGGCCCGGCGGGGCCUGCGCGCGGUCACCGUGGGCGAGCUCGAGGCGCUGGCGCGCUCGCGGGACCUGCUCGAGGAGCGGCGGCGGGCCCGGCAGGCCAGGAGGGCCGGGAGGGCCGCGGCGCGGGAGGCCCGGCGGCGGGGCCGCGCCCCGAGCAGGCGUGCGAGGCGCGCGCCCGACGCGGCCGCCAGAGGCGCACGGGGCCGGCCCAGGGGCGGGGCCUCCAAGCUGUGA